AUGCAAAAAUGGCACAUCCACUCUGCAGUCGGCAGAGGUGGACCGGUUUUAUACCAAUUGAGAAGCACAAUCGUCUCCUCUCGUCACUACCUCCAUAUUACCUCCCCUCGCGCUCAGGAAAAUUUGAAGGACAGAAUCGUAGAAGAACCGUCAAAGCUCCCACCCAACCGCGCCAAACGUCUCCGAGAAGCAACUUCUUCCAUAGAAAAUCUCUAUCUCCGCUCUACUGCUCAUGACAACUCGAAAUCUGGCCAUAGCAAAACAGAUUAUAGAUCUGUGUCUUUAGAAGGCUCCUCACGCGACCAACCAUCUCUGCUCGCUUCGCGGCAUAUCGGAGGGGUGCCGCUGAGCAAAGAUGCUAUCGAGGGCACCCGAAGAGCCCCAUCAUUAGAUGGUGGCAGAUUUACAAUGGCUCCUGGUAGACGGCAACCGUUCCCCAGAGCUGAAAUUCCCGCUGGCCGAGAAGUAAUUCAACCAGCUGUGGAUGCUAGGAGUUUGGGUGCUAGGCCUGAGGGAGCACAGGGGCCUUUUCUUAUGAGGAGAGUUCCGAGGGACGCUCCUUGGGGUCCUCCAGAGAGAUCAAUAUUCCAGUCUCGAGACCUGCAAGGCGACAGUGGCGCCCAGAGUCACCGUUUUGAAUAUACGAAUAGUGUCCAACCACGCUCUCCCAGAGAAGAGCUCGGUAUCCAGCAACGUCCUCCCCGAGAGGGAUCAGCUCGCUAUGCUGGUACCCAAGGAGCCGAAAAAGCUGGCCAAGCUUUCCAAACCCGCUUCACAAGAGAUCAAAGUAACUUCAAAGCUCGCACCCCGAGACGCGAAGGACCGCCCCAACAGUCAGGCCGAAGCCGCGGUGGUCGUUCGCAAGCCUCUCGCGACAGUGGCAAUUCCGAUCCUCGACGGCGGAAACGUGGCGUCGAAGGUAACUAUGACAAGGGAGACCGCCGUAGCCGCGACCAGGAAAAAUGGACAGAAGAAGAGCAACAGUAUCUGAAAGAGAAAGCAGAGCGGAAAUCGCAGAAAUCUCUGGAGUACGAGCCGGUGGAAUGUAGUAGGGAGACGUUUACCGGAAUGGGGCCUGCCACUGCAUCAGAUGAGUGGGGUAUGAGCGAGAUGCUUGGAGAACGACUGCUGCUCGCGAGGAAAUAUCUAGAUCAAGAAUUCAUACAGUGGGAUAGUAAAGAGCAAAAGGCUGAUGUGAUGGCUGUGGUUGAGAAGCUGAAGGCUGUCAAAGAAGACGGGAAAUCCAAUGCGGAGAAGGAGCAAGCUAAGGAAGCUUCGUCAACGUCAGGGAAUGGGGAUCAGCAAGCACAUGCUCUGAUGCAGAAGUUAUUUGCAGGGGAGUAUGCAAAGUUCAAGAGACUAGGGAAAUACGAUGUUCUAGGGAAUGUGGAGAUGUACGUGCACCGGAACGACAGCUUCUACCCUGACGAUGAGAAGUCAUUAUUGGAGAAGGUGAGAAGUAUAUUGCCUGCCGAACAAGCUUCGAAGGUUGGGAGAGGAGCGAGGAAAGAAGUGAAAGCAUGA